AUGUCAGCUAAAAGGCUUUUGGAAUUAAUUGAAGCUCCAGAUUUAUUGGUUUGUCCUGGAGUUUUUGAUGGUAUCACUACAAGAAUUGCCCACAGGCUAGGAGCAAAAUGUCUAUAUAUGACAGGUGCCGGAACAGUAGCUUCAAGGUUGGGAAUGCCAGAUCUAGGUAUUGCAAACUUGAACGAUAUGCAUGAAAAUGCACACAUGAUUAGUGGUAUCGCCGGCGAUAUUCCUGUUAUUGCUGAUGCUGAUACAGGGUAUGGAAAUAGUACCGUGUGUGCACGAACAUUAAACUUCUAUUCUCGAGCUGGCGUUGCAGCUUUGCAUGUUGAAGAUCAAAUACUCUCCAAGAGAUGUGGUCACUUGUUGGGCAAGGAAUUGGUGAGUGGUGAAGAAUUUACUUCCAGAAUACAUGCAAUGGCUAUCGAAAGGAAGAGAAUUGGAUCUGACAUUCUUAUUAUUGCAAGAACUGAUGCUCUACAAGAAUUUGGAUUGGAAGAAGCUUUGAAGAGAAUCAAAUCUGCCAUUAGUGUAGGUGCAGACAUUGCGUUCGUUGAAGGAAUCAAGGACGAGCAACAAGCUAAGGCAGUUGUGGCAGCUCUCGCCCCAACUCCUGUGUUAAUUAAUUUAGUCCCCAACGGUUUAACUCCAAACUGGAGUACAAAAGAAGCUCAAGAUUUGGGAUUCAAGUUGGCAUUGUAUCCAGGUGUAUGUUUAGGUCCUAUUGCAGUUGCCACCCAAAAGUCUAUUAAGAAUCUUUUUGAAACGGGUAAGCAGAUUGAAUUGCAAAAUAACGAAACAAAAGCUGAUCCACGGGAGUUUUUCAUAACAAUGGGUCUAGAAGAGGUUGUGAAACUUGACAAAGAAGUUGGAGCAAAUUCCACAACAGAUAUCAUCUAG